AUGGCCGCUCAGCACAGUCGCACGCGCUCCGAUCGCGUCGGCGCGCCGGCCGCGACACCGGCUUCGCGACGACCGCUCUCCAUGCACGGCCGACCGCCUGCGCCGCCGACGCCGUCUGCCGUCAAGGCGGCACCGAACACUGCGAUACCCACCUUCUUGACGAAUCUACGACUCUUAGACCUCGAUCUGCUGGAGGACUGGCCCGACAUUACGACUGCCACGUUUGCUGGCACGACACAGAAUCACAAGCGAAGGGUGCAGGCAGUGGAGUGGGCUCUCUAUCGUCUCUUUGAGAUUUGGGAUCCAGAAGACACGGCGUCGAAACUCAAACCCAACUUCCCAGCCAUCGACCAGCUACAAUCCGUCAGUCUUCGCGCAGCGCUCCUGCGCGGCCUCGAGAAUGCGAAAAAGAAUGGCGCCCUGGGCCGCGAUGCCCUGAUUCGCAAAACGAUGCUCGACGACUGCAAGGGCGAGCGUCUGGAAGAAGUACUGGCGUCGUUUUCGUCAGCAGUGCUGCGAAGCACGUUAGCGGACCGAGGCAGGACGCGGCCGAUCGCCAUAGAGCUUGCGCUCGAGACUAGAGGACACCAAGGCGACGGCUACCUGUUGCGACCGCUCACUAUCGCGCACCGCGGAUCGCUGAGGCGGUCACUGGAGAGGCGGCGCGAGUCCGAGGCCAAGUUUAGCGACUUUGGCGACCUACUGGCCAUGAAGGAGAGAGGCAUCGCGCGCCGGAACGAGGUACUUCGGGCAAAACAAACAGCUGAUUCUGGAGGCGCCGUGGCAGAGGAUGCGCGCCGGAGAGUACGGCAGACGGUGCGGAAUAACUGGUCUGGAAACGAGGCCUGGAUGGACACGCUGCUCGCGGGCGACGCAGCGGGCAAGGAAUCCAAAGGGCUGCUUGGCACUCCGUACGACAGAGUAUGGCGACGCGUGCAGCAGGGCCGGCUGGCGGAGCUGGAGGAUGAUGGCCGCGGGCUGCUUCAGCAGCUGGACAGCCGUGUCGAGGCCCAGAAGCAGCGCCUGGCGCGGUGGGAUGAGCUUCGACGAGACAUGGCGGGCGGCAACAAGAACAGGCGGCCGACGUCUCCCUUGAAGAGGAAGCUGGCGCCAAAACCAGCCUCGAAGGGGAUCGACUUGCAGUUCAACUCACACAAAGACUUGCACGUAGGUGCCAUGCUUGGCAUGGAACCGACCAACGACGAACCGCUUCACGAAAAUUACGCUACGAUUAUAGAAGAGCUCGACCAUGAGCUUACGGACAUCAAGACUAACAGUUUUGAAAACGCCGUGCGGGGUUUGAUUGAUAUAUGCGCGCAGUACGGCCAAGCAGAUACCUCUGUCCACCUGUCCAGCGAUCCGAUAUCCGAGCUCAGCGACCUCGGUGACAUGGACGAUGACGACGAGCCCGAGCCUGCACCCUACUACCAGUCCUCCCACCACAACACCGCCUCCCACUACACUAUGGCGAGCCGCCUGCCGGCACGACCUGCCAGCAUCUACGCUGACCCCGCCGCUCACACUCUACACCGCCAGGGCAGCGACCGUUCCUACAACACACCGUAUUCAGAAGACGGCUACUCGUCGGCAUCCACGUCACGCCAGCCAUCAUUAUCACAGGCCGGGAACCUGCGCCAGCAAUACGCAGAAGCGGAAUCCUCCCCUCCCACGACGAGCAGCACGGCAGACCACAUUACGGACACCAUGUCCCGGAGCUCGGACUCGCCGUCGCCGACGAAACGCAGUGCCGCCGCCGCCGCCUCCAAGCCGCGACACACGCUCUCGCUGGCGGAGCGCACGCGCAUGUCCAUGGCGCGCCAGUCGAUGCAGUUUCUGCAGGACGAGGAGCCGGAGCUGCCGCUCAGGCCCGCAGCUUCCAACCGCGGAGGCGGAGGGCCAGCAAGGAAGACGACGGCGGCAGCGGCGGCGGUGGCGAUGCAGGAAGAGGAAGAGGACGAUGACGAGGAGAUGUUGUCAGACUUGGCGAGCAGGACGAGGAAAAGCAUGAUGGGGUUUGAAAAGGCGCAGCAAAAGGCGAGGAACGACCGGCAGCGGGAGCUGCGCAAGGAGAUGAAGAGGGCGCGGGCGCUGCCGCCGAGGAGGGAAGGGAGUCAGUGGGAGGACUGA